AUCACGUAACGUAAAAAUUCAUAGACUAGCGCUAUGCUUUGGUAACAUGUUUUAAAUUUCAUUCAGAUCCGUUCAGAAAGUAAAAUAUGAGAUGGUGGACUUGCGCAAAAUUUUGUUUGUACGUUUCAAUAUAAAACGCAACAACGUCAAUUACUCAAUCAUGGCUACCACUACUUCCGGUGUUCGUGCUUUAGGUCGGCUUUCCGGGCAUUUGAUGCGUGUGUUCCAGAAUCCGGAGCCCGGACUUUCAAUUCGUAUGCCGGCAGUCGCAAUUGCUGCGCUCAUUUUGUCUCGGCACUUCGUUCGUCUGUUGACGUUAGUCUGUUCACUGUUUAUUCAUUAUGAUUUCCUCGGGGAAAAGUUGUUCGCAUUUAAGAAGAUAUUCAUCCUGUUUCCGUGUUUGUGGUUUAGUUCGUCCUAUUUCAAAUGUUAAUAAUGCUACAUCAUUUCGAAGUCUAGUUUCUGCACCGCCUUCACAGAGACAGACUAAACUAGCAAAAAUAAAUAAAAUUGUAGUUACACCACGUUUUGCAGCAUGUGUGAGGCAGCAGCAAUAUUGUUACAGCACAGCUCAGGAAGAAGCCUCAGAACCCUCUUCUUCAAACUCGCCCUCAUCAUUGUCUGGAGAGCUGCAUCAGUUCCAGGCUGAGACACGAAUGCUGCUUGACAUUGUGGCUAAAUCCCUGUAUUCGGAUAAAGAAGUUUUUGUCCGAGAACUUGUCUCUAAUGCCUCUGAUGCCAUAGAAAAGGCAAGGUACGAGUCGGUGCAAGGGAAAGGAGCGGUCCUAGGAGAGAAAGACCUGCGCAUCAGCAUCAGCACUGAUAAAUAUAACAAAACCCUGACGAUCCAAGACUCUGGUAUUGGCAUGACCAAGGAGGAACUUAUAUCUAAUCUGGGCACCAUUGCCCGCUCUGGAUCCAAGGCAUUCGUGGAGCAGAUGAAAGGCGGGGCAUCGUCAGAAGAUCCGAGCAGCAUCAUUGGUCAGUUUGGUGUUGGGUUCUACUCUGCGUUCAUGGUGGCAGAGCGAGUAGACGUGCUCACCAGGACCCGAGGCCACGAUGCUGUGGGAUACAAGUGGUCCAGCGAUGGGUGCGGGUCGUACACUGUGGAGGAAUGUCCCGAGGCCGAGCCUGGCACGCAGGUCAUCUGCCACCUCAAAGUGCAGGACCGCGAGUUUAGUGACGAGGACACAAUCAAGAGAGUCUUGAAAAAGUACAGCAGCUUUGUUGGAGCUCCGAUUGAAGUUAACGGUGAACAGGUCAACACAAUUAAGCCUUUGUGGCUUCUCGAUCCCAAGGAAGUGAAGGAGGAAGACCACAACGAGUUCUACCGGUUUGUCGGCCAGUCCUACGAUAACCCUCGGUUCAUCCUGCACUACAGGACCGACGCUCCCAUCAACCUGCGAUGUGUCCUGUACUUCCCUGAGGGCAAACCUGGUUUGUUCGAGUUGACGCGCGACAGCGUGGAGGGCGGCGUGGCGCUCUACUGCAGACGCGUCCUCAUCAAAAACAAAGCCGAGAGCGUCAUGCCCAAGUGGCUUAGGUUUGUUAAAGGUGUGGUGGACAGCGAAGACAUUCCUCUGAACCUGAGCCGGGAGAUGCUGCAGGACUCCGCCGUGAUCAGGAAGGUGCGCACUGUGCUCCAGAAUCGCUGCGUGCGCUUCCUGCAAGACAAGCUCAGGAAAGAUCCCAAGUCUUACAUCGACUUCUUCAACGACUAUGGCAUAUUUCUUAAGGAAGGAAUCAUCAGCUCGUCGGAGCAGAUGGAGAAGGAAGAGAUCGCACGUCUGCUGGUGUACGAGAGCAGCAGCAGGCCCAGCGGUGAACGCAUCAGCCUCACUGAAUACAUCGCUAAGAUGCCUGAGACUCAACAAGACGUUUAUUAUCUGGCUGCACCGAGCCGAGAACUGGCUGAGCAGAGUCCUUACUUCGAGGCACUUAAAAAACGCGGCGUUGACGUGUUGUUCUGCUAUGAAAGCUACGACGAGGUCGUCCUCAUGCAACUUCGUCAGGUCAACGGCAAGAAUAUCGUCAGUGCAGAGAAAGAUAUGCGACGAGACAAGGACGAAGCCAAAUAUGACGAUGAGAAAGGCUUAGGUAAGCUGGAGACAAGCGGCCUUAUGGAUUACCUGAAGGAGACGCUGGCGGGGAAAUGCUACGGGGUGAAGACGACCUCCCGCCUCGUGGCUCAUCCAUGCGUCGUCACGGUCGAGGAGAUGGCCUCAGCACGCCACUUCGUCCGCACCCAGUUCUCUCAGAUCCCUGAACACACUCGCUUCAGCCUGCUGCAGCCCACUCUGGAAAUUAACCCCAGCCAUCCAGUGAUUGUAAAGUUGAACAAACUACGCACCAGCAACCCAGACCUGGCUGCCCUAGUCGCCAAGCAGCUGUUCAGCAACGCGCUAGUGAUCGCUGGGCUGGUCGACGACCCUCGCACCGUCGUCACCAACAUGAACGCUCUCCUCGAGAAGGCCCUCGACAAGCACUGAACUCUCCCUCAUUCCCACCAAAAUUAAAGCCAAGCUUAUAUAAAGUAAUUCUUUUAUGAGUAUCCACUGACAACCUUGGUACUUUUAGUUUUUCUUGAUCAAUUCGCGAUUCUGUUCUGUGAUAUCCGACUUAUUCUCGGUAAAAAAGUUGCAGCUCUAGCUUUUUCUAAUAUUUAUCCCUCUACCACCUGACAUGAGUAACCGGAGCAAUAU